AUGGGUUCAUCUUGUUGGCAGUUGCUCACUCUAGAGCACGGCAUCGAUCCUGCCGGUCUCUCCAAGCAGGCUGCAUCCAACCCUGCCAUAGAUACCCUCUUCAGUGAAUCUUCGGCCUCCAAAUUUGUUCCACGAUCGAUCUUUGUUGACCUUGAGCCGACAGUCGUUGGUAAGCCGUCCCAAUUGCGCUCGUUGUGUGUGGGAAAACUGAAAUGAUUCAAGGUAAGAGCAUGCGAAGUCGAAGUCACAGGGUCAGUGUAAGUAGCUGAAUCGGUUUAGCCGCAUAUCAGAGUGACGAGUGUGGGCGAAUAUGCCGUGACUUUUUGUAAAUGAACAGCCGAGACAGUUCGAUUGAAUUUUGCUUGGAGGACUUCAUUAGUAAAAUGAUCUCAUGCUAACAAACUUCCCUACUAUGUUCGGAAGGACAGGUCCGCCGUUUGCAGCAUGUAUUUAACUGUAUGGGGAAUACCCGUCUUUGACCCAUGCGUUCUUCCUCAAGUCACUAGAGUGUAGCCUAAUGCAGGCAAAGGUAAAGAGAAGGACCCCACUUAACUGUCAGUAGACCGUGGACCGUCUCAUAUGGGGUUUUAUCUUGGCAUACUUUUGCAGGCUGUUGCAGAAAUUACGCUGCCAACAAUGAUUACUUCCCACGACCUCACACCUUAAGUCAAAAUCCGUUACUUUGUGAAAUUUACCUUUUGUUUAUCGUUCAAUUACUGCUCUCAUUUCCGUCGUUGCACAGUAGCGUAGGAUAAGACUUUCGGCAUAAAUCCAGGCAAUUUCGGUGUUUUCUUUUAUUUUUUCAGCUUAAUGUCUAGCGUGCUGCCAAACCCCUUAAAACUCCCUUUACCGUAAAUCAAGUAUGGUCCGAUCCACAGCCUACUGAAAUUUAAGUGGGGUCCUUCUCUAUACCGUGGCCCAAAUGCAUUUUUUAUUGCUGGUCGACGUCCUGGCUGUGCGAGCUCGCUUCCACCCUGGUUUUACUCAAAUACCCCGGUUCCCCGCAUAUUUUUUUCUCUUCGACAAUGCUACUCAAAUGAAUCAAGUACUAUUUAUAUAGCGAAUAUUUUCAUUGUUACUGUACAGUUAUUUCUAACGAGCUGACAUUUAAUCAAUAGGGUUUUCAAAGGCUUUGCCUAUCAUCCUUAUCAAAAUAAACUGAAAUAAACUCAUUCCCAUGGGAGUUCAUCUCUAAAAGACAUCAUUUACCACGGAAAACGAAGAAGAUACCUCCGGUUAUCCUGCAUACUAUGCUUGUAAAAGUGUCCGUCUAGUGGGCUCACAUUUGAUGCUCAUCGGUGUCCGCAGCUGGGACAUGUUGUAUGGGCCUCGUUAUGCAGGGUUAGAGUGCGAUCAUGCCAGUGGGUCCCAUGAUUCCGCUACCAGCGCUACAACAAUACUCGAGGGUUGAUGCCGAGGAAGACUGGUGUCGGUAGAAUGACUAUUUCUGACUUACUUACCUUUAUCUGCGAAUGUCUUUGAUGAUGGAUUCGAUUGAGAACCCGAAACGCCAGGCCAAUAAAUUCCUCGUUCCAGUGAUCGCAUCUUCGUCCUCUUACUUCGUGUCCUCAGCAAGUGAGAUCCCAGUCUCAGGCUGUAGACCUAAGGUGUCUAAUUACACCAUAUAGGCCAGAAAUAGCCUCUCCGGUCUCGUUCCUGCUUUUAUCGGUGAACGCUUUUCAGUUAUUGACUGCUAAGCACCAUGCGAUUCCCUGUAAGGGCUCUAAGGCCAGGGAAAAUCGAUUAUUUCCGUCCUACAAUCAGGACAGUUUGGCGCGCGUGGUUAGCAUGUGACAUUAGCACAGAUUAUCCAAGAGGGGCUUCGUUUGUUUCGGCUAUAGAGACCAACGGUCCACAUACUCCUCUAAGGAGUCUGAACCCAACUGGUCUCUAAAAUAUGAGCAAACAGGAAAAACAUUUAUAAGUGAAGAAGGGUCGAACACCGGAACACUCGUUUAUUGUCCCCAGUUUUCAGACUCGUGCAGGAGUCCAUCGUCAGAGGUAGUAGCAGCAACAGAACAAGCGACAGUUAUAGGGCAUGUGGGCUAAUCAUCGACCGACGGCGCAAGACUGGAGGUGGCUACGCAGAACUCUGUACGCCGGCGCCAGAUCGAUAUAUUGAUUGACCGAGUUCUCAUCCGAGGCCCAGGCUUAAAUCAACUAUCGGCCUGUUUUGUUUCCGGCGUGGGCGAAUAUUUUGGUGUCUGCUAGGUUGGACUCGCGACCGCCCAUUUCGUAGGUGUGGGCGGCCACUUGUGAUAAUGCGUCGCCUCGUCGCACUGCCUGAUUCUGCGCGUGUAUGCGUAAUCCAAGCAUGCGCCCAGUCUGCCUGUGUAGUUACAGUGACAAUUUUGACACGGAAUGCUAUACGCUACUCCAGAUUGCUCUUCAGGCUUUAACCGGUCUUUGAUUUUCAUGACUUUGUUGCGCAUGGUGGCUUUGGGGUGGUGUGCAAUUCCAACACCUAGCUCCGCAGCAAUGCGCUCGGUCGCUUCUGAAACACCCUUGAUAUAUGGCAGAGAAUGCCAUAUCGUCGGUGGCGUUGAUGUUCGAGUUCUCUGGUGGCGACCGCGUAGGCAGCGACUUAUGAAUGCCCUCGAAUAGCCAUUUUGCACAAACUGAUCGCGUAGAUAACGGGUCCCACGUGCUCAGUCCUCCGGUUUGCCGCAAUGAGUUUGGAUCCGUUUGAAGAGAAGGAAAAGUAUUUAUUUACACCCAACGAAUGUGUUGAGUGACUGGCUGUUGAGCUGCGCCAAGACUUUGAGUGCAAACACCCGUCUUUUUGAUAGAAAAUUUUGGCCUGAACACUUUGGCAGGUCAAUUUUAACCUUGUGAGGGGGCGGAUUUUAAGGCAGAAUUCGAUUAUCGAGCUGCAGUACUGAAUUUGAGAUCCUGAGUUUCCGGCUGAGAUGGGGAUCGGAGGACUUACAUGUAUAUCCAGAAUGCCUGACCUUGGAAUCAUGGACAACGAAGCGCUCUUUAAUCUCUAUGAGUGAGUAAUAUGACAUGCUACUUACACAUUUGUCAGUACGCAUUAUUUUGUUCAAACACCAGUCGACGGACGUCGUCAUCUGUCGGCAAGGUGGUCCGUGCAAACAUUUUCCCAACUCCACCCGAAAAAUUCUUUCACCUCUUUGGAUAAUUUUUGCCAGAAAUUCCCAAAAAACCAUACGACUUCUCAGUGAAAAAACGCUAAAUGUUGUUAUCAGAUAUGUUAUGUAUAUAGUGGUCGGUCACCGUCACCCCCUCAGUCACAUGGACAGUCUGCAAAUUACAAAGCCCUAAGAUAAGACUGAUAAAUGUUUUUCUGGUAUUGCUUCCAGCCAUUUAAAGCCAUUUUGAAAGGCUUCACAUAACGUUUUUAUUUUUGAGGUUAAGCCCGUAGUAACAACAUAAAGCAGAGUUUUAUAACAUACGCCGAAACACUUAUUAUAUUUGCUCCCGCACAGAUGUCAUACGGACUGGAAAGUAUCGACAUCUCUUCCAUCCAGACUGCUUACUCAAUGGUAAGGAAGAUGCAGCAAGCAACUAUGCUCGUGGUUUCUACACCAUCGGUAGUGAAAUCAUCGACCUCACUCUUAGUAGGAUCCGGCACAUUGUGGAAAACUGCGACUCGGUGGCAAACUUCAUCGUAUUUCACUCAUUCGCCGGUGGAACAGGGUCGGGGUUUACGGCACUGCUGACAGAGUGCAUGGCGGCAGAGUACGUCAAACAAUCAACUUUCCAAUUCAGCGUCUACCCGUCGCCGAGAGUCUCAACCGCCGUUGUGGAGCCCUACAACUCAAUACUAAUGACUCAUGCCACCCUCGAUCUCUCUAACUGUUCCCUCCUCAUGGACAACGAAGCGCUCUUUAAUCUCUAUGAGUGAGUAAUUUGGUAUGCUACUUACACAUUUGUCAGUACGCAUUAUUUUGUUCAAACACUUUAUGUCCUUGAGUACUUGUGAGCUUCGAUGACGCCUUGAGGGCAUGUAUAAAAAGGGAUCAAAAACUAUGACGUCACAAACCUCCCCUUACUUUUGGAUGGGGCAGAAUGAAUUGAGGUGAUGGGAACGUCCAAUGCCAGCCCCUGUACAAAAAGUGGGCAAGUGGGUCGGAGAAUCCUUAGCGUCACUUCGAUGCUGCUAAUAUAGGCAGAAUAACAUUAAUGGCAAAGACAAGGGAGACUGGAAUGGCCAUUUCCGGCUUAUUAGCCGUCGGCAGCCAGGCAUACCCAAAUCCGAAGUGUGGAACACUUGGCGAUCGAUCCAGUGACCAGUUGGUUAGAAGUCUAACGCCUCUAACCACUAAGCCACGGGCUCGUUGUCCUGUCGGUUUCGACCGCGUAUAUCCAAUGGUAGAGGGGACGCUCACAGAUCGUGUUACGAAAGUCACUCGUUCCGCGUAGUGUCUUGGGCUCUCUUUCGAGCCCAACCAGCCAUUCCAGUCCCCCUUGUCUUUGCCGAUAAUUUUAUUCUGUCUAUAUUACGCGCCACUGUGCGGCUACUGGUUGGGCUCGAGAGAGAGAGCCCUAAGGCACAACGCGGUACGAGUGAGUUCUGUAACACGAUCGGUGAGCGUUCCCUCUACUGAUGCUGUUAAUGUUGUCCAACAGGCAACUUCGUUAUUGUUAAUGGCAAAGCGAAGUCAAGACUGUGCGCUUUACUGUGACAAAAUGAAGCCCGCUCUCCUCCAUGAAGCUGUCGAAUGUCAGAAGGUUGCCAGUUCGUAUCAGGUCGGGGUCACCAGUUGUCGAAUGCUGGAUGUGUCGACAAAAGAGAGGUUCCCAAAUCAAAAGUCAGAGAAGACGGAGUAGGUUAGACAACCUUUGCUGUUUUGGAAGUGCGUACACAAAUCUCCGCAAGCAGUCGCCGCGAGCGCGCUCUCCAGGCAAGUUGUUGUCUGUGUCCGCCUUCGAGGUGCUGAGACCCAGCGCGUAUGUGCACCUUUCGUUGUCUCCGCGUCCGCCAGCCAAUCAGAGGAGGGACAGCGUCGAUUGGCUUCGGGCAUUCGCGAGGCUAGUGACCAGCCUCGCGCGUCCCAGCUGCGGAUCGACAAGGAGUGUGAGGCGGACAAAGCGGCGGAGGACAAGUAGGCGCGAACUGUCACAAAUCCUAUUGAAUCUACAAAUCACAUGACAUGAUUUUGGCCUUGGAAAAAGCCUUUUAGAUUAAAAAGUGGUCUACUACACCAUGUUUGCCACCGUUAGAUUUCUGACAUAGCGUUGCUCUUCCGACUGAAUUAGGUUUCUUCCGAAGAAAUUACUGCCACUAAGAACGCCGUUCGAUCUGUUUUACACCGGGUAAUCAUAGUGGCAUAUAUGUUACCUAUUCAAAUAGACCUAGGCUUCGAAGCCCUAAGUAUAGCAAGCGCUUUAGCGUCUUAAUGGAGUGGGUUCCUAUUUAAUUAGGUAAUUGUUUAAGGAUGGCUGCCAAUGUAUUGAGAAUCUCCAAGACUUUAAGAGUAGGGGGAUAUAUUGUAUGAUUCAAGGUCAUUGGUAUAAAUUAGUAGAAUUAGUUAAAAUUGAAUAAGAAGCGUAAAAAAUUGGAUGCAUGAAUGCAGUAAUCCGAGAGAGAGCCCGUAAGGCACAACGGAACGACUGAGUUCCGUAAGAACGAUCGGUGAGCGCCCCCUACCAUUGUAUAUUCCCGAUCGAAACCGACAGGGCAACGGGCUCGUGGACCAGUGGUUAGAGGCAUGGACUUCUAACUAACAGGUCGCGAGUUCGAGCCUCGGGUGUUGCACCUUUCGGGGUUGGGUAUGACUGGCUGACGACGGCUAAUAAGCCAGAAAUGGCCAUUCCAGUCUUCCUUGUAUUUGUCGGUAGUAACAUACCGUUUCCUAAAUCAAUAAAACGAGGUAGGUAGAGGUUGGCGUAGCAGCGGUUCGGCCGUUGCUUCAAAGCAGGUUGAGAGCAGAGACGGCGAAAUGCAUGUCAGGUACAGUGCGUGACCGAUCUCGUGAAAUGUUGGCUGAAAUUCUGAAAUUCGUUUUCGAUUAGGAAGGACUUCUUAGGUUGGGUUGUAAUAUUGAUUAACAUGCGGCAUAAUCCUAUAACAUUUCGGACUCGCCAGAAUCUCGGCUUUUGGAUUAAUUCCCUCCUGACCUCCUGCAGAUACCGUAUUCGGUAAAAAAUGGCUACUUAAGUAGCAUGCAUAUUUCCUAUGGAUUUUCGAUGGUCUUAUAAAUUCAAAUAUAUUUUAUAGAACACAUGCACAAAAUAUGCUUUCUUUUACUCAUUUUGUGGAAAAUAACAUUGACUUUGAAUUGUAUGCAUAAACGAAAUGUAUUUUAAGUUUUAGAAAAUUUCUAAUUGUGAUAUUUUGUAGACCGUGCGAUGACCGUGCCUGCAAGACCGUACAUGUCCGUUUACUAAUGUUCCUCAUGAAAUUACAACACAGUCCGGAUCCAUUGCAAAGUUUCAUGAACUCUAUGUGGUAUCUUCUUAAGGACAUAGAGGAAUAUAUGAUUUUCCUUACGCGGAAAGCUUGCACCUUAUUGACUGAAAUCGGUGAACAUUGAUGCAAUGGCAGAUUCGGCUCCAAAAUAUUCGGAAAUCGGAAAUCUAAAUAUACACUCUCUUUGUGCAUAAAGUGCCAAGCCAAUGCUGCGCAUUCCCAAUAACGCCUGUCGGCCUCUGAUCUAGCCCUCUGGUGGUCCAGGGAAUUCACAGCGUGAGCCGUCCUUGGGGGAAGAAUACGGUUACAGAAAUGGCGGCCGCUACCACUUACGAUGAAGCUAUGUGCACGUUAACGAUGCUAGACUGCGUAAUUACUUACCGUACUGACAACACAGGCAUAAGCUCAUGGAUUUCAGCUCAAAUAUUCAUAUGAACUUUCGGACCGUGCAAGAAAAGGUCUGUUCAGAAGCAUCUACUCCAAGUUUGCGCAUUAAUUUCCUCGGGAAUUAAACAAGGCAACAUGCUAAACUGUUGUUAUGCCGAUUUGUUUGGGCCAGGUCGUGGUAGCGGUCAGCAAUCCUGUGCCCGGUUUCUGCCUUUCAGCUAGAUUAACUAUGGACGGAGACACUAGGAUGUGUAUCUUGAAGGUGUAAACUUAUCACCUCCUCAGUAAGUGCUGGAGAAACUUGUAGGAAAGUUCUUUGCAAUGCGGUUUUUUAUGUGCCUGUCGGCGGACUGAUCAGUUGUUUAUAGAAGUGAACAGGUAAAUUCCCGGACGCAGUCGUGAAGGUGACACGAUCGCUGGAAUAAGGCCUUUAUUCGUCCGACUUUUCGGAUUUCUACCUUGUUAAGGGUUAUCUCUACGAAAAAAAGGAAAUUGUCUCCGGGCCUUCAGAGCCAUCAGGUGCAUUUAUUCGCUAGUUAUUAACGCAGAAGUAGCAAGACUUCGAAACGGCCUGUUUUAUAAAUUCGCGGCGAACCAUUAAUUAGAACAUGAACAUGGCUUCCGAAAACUCCGCGGAUUUACAAGGUUCAGAACAAUCAUUUGUCUUUGUUCCAUCGGGAGGGUGUGACAGGGGAAUAUGGACCCCCCUGUUUUACAGGUGGUUUUGCGGCAAAUUCCCGGGAGUUAGGGUCAGGAUAAAGGUUGAGGCUGAGGCUACACUAGGGAUGGUGUAAGGUUUAAAAGCAAGGUUAGGAGACGGGAAUAGGAACCCUUCUUGUAAUCUGGAGCAAGGACACCUUCGGUCUCGCCUUUCGAACUGUAAAAACGAAAUACUUAGCGAUACAGGCUGCGUUGUGUAGCGAUGGAAUAUCGGCGAAACACAUGUCUGGGCUUUUAGCUAGUACCUAUGCUGUCAAUUAUGGUAAAGGGCUUAACGGAUAUACUACUGGUUGCCUGUUCGCAGUUUAUGAAUGUUAAGUGGUUAUUCGGCCGUGGGGGAUGGACUUCGACCCAAAUAUUCAUACUGAAUUCCAAUCUGGGCCUACCGUGCGUGACUGAUCUCAGGAAAUGUUGGCCGAAAUUCUGAAAUGCGUUUUCGACUGGGAAGGAUUAGUAAGGUGGCGUUGUAAUAUUAGUCAUCACUUAGAGUAUUCCUAUAGAAGUUCGAAAUCGCCAGGACAUCGUCUUUUGAAUGCACUUCUUUCUGACCUCCGCUGAAACCGUACUUGGUAAAAAAUGACUACUUAAGUGGCAUGCAUUUUUCCUAAUAAUUUUCGGUGGUCAUGUAAAUUCAAAUAUAUUUCAUAGAAAACAUGCAGAAAAAUAUGCUUUCUUUUACUUGUUUGAUAGAAAACCAUAUUUUCAUCAUAUUUUAUGCCCUAAGGAAGGUUGUUUUUCGAUUGUAGCAGAGUUUCUUGUUAUGAGUUUUUUUUAAGAACGUGCGGUGUCCAUUUAUACAGCAUCGCACGUGUCCGUUUAGCAAUGUUUCUCGUUAAGUGUACAACACAGCCCUAUCCAUUGCGAAAUUUGAUGAACUCUAUACAGUAUCUUCUUAAAGCAUAGAGGAAUAUAUGAUUUUCCUUACGCGGAACGCAUGCAGCUUACAAACUGAAAUCCCUAAACGCUAAUGCAACGGCUGAUCAGGCUCAAAAUUGGGAAACUUUUUCAAAACCUAAAUAUACACUUUUUGUGUAUAAAAUGUGAAGACAAUGCAAUUUCCUACCAAACGAGUAAAAGAAAGCACUUUUUGUUCAUGUUUUUUUAUAAACUAUGUUCGGAUUUCUAAGACCAUCGAAAAUCAGUAGGAAAAAUGCAUGCCACUUAAGUAGUCAUUUUUUACCAAGUACGGUUUCUGCGGGAGGUCCGAAGGAAGUGCAUUCAAAAGGCAAUAUCCUGGCGAUUUCGAAAUACUAUAGGAUGACGCUACAUGAUGAUUUAACUUACGACGCCACCUUAUUAAUCCUUUCUAUUCGAAAAUGCAUUUCAGAAUUUCGGCCAACAUUUCAUGAGAUUGGUCACGCACUUAUAAACCUCAGAUAGACCGAUUUACCUCCAAAUUGGCCAUUUGUUUCUGAGAGCAUUAAAAAUCUGCAAUUUAAAAACGGCAGUAUCUACCAGAAAGCCACAGGCAACGCUAGGGGACCCACUGGUGGGUGGAACCCCUUCGCAGCUGUGUCAUGCAUUGAAAAAAAUAUCAGUGAGACACGUGUCUGGGCUUUUAGCUGGAGCCUGUGUUUUCUGCUAUGGCAUAUUGUACAGCCACAUUAGUAGUGGGUUAGAUGAUAGUUGGUAGCCCUCCUGACACCGCAAACUCCAAACUGCCUGUCAAUUGGGACCGGUGGUAAUAGGGCUUUACGGGUGGGACAAUUGAGUGGACGAGUAAAUGGCGAUUUGACAUAGGGUAAGCCUCAUUGCCAUUUUUACCGGUACAAAUCUGCCCAGGAUAGUACCUCUAAAAUGAAUCUGAUACAGGUAAUACAGCGUGCGCGUGAAUUUAGAAGCAUAAUGAGAACGAAAUCACAGCUACUCAAAUCGAUCCAGUAGGUGCCAUUGUGGAGUCUGUGGGCACGGCUGCCAACUAUCAUCUUAACUAGUAGUGUUUUUGAGAUCUGAGCAAGACCGGGUAGAGCGUGGUUGUCUUUUGCCUUCUCGGAAACCUCUUCUAGAAAAAUGCGAAUGAUCGAAGUUUACUUGCCUCCCCUCCCCCCUUUUAUGCAGGAAGAAUAUGGGCAUUUCAUGGCCAACUUACUCCAACAUAAACCACAUCAUCGCACAGGUGCUGUGCGCCCUCACCUGUCCAAUUCGGUUUCCCGGCAACCAGGGCAUGAAUCUUAACGAUCUGCAGACCAAUCUCGUGCCCUAUCCGCGCAUCCACUUCCCUGUGGUCAGCUAUGCUCCGCUGAUCACGCCAGAGAAGGCCUACCACGAGGACCUCUCAACAGGCAAAAUCACUGCCGCCGCCUUCCAUCGCAACAACCAACUGGUGAAUGUCGACCUCAGAGCUGGCAGAUACAUGUCCUGUUGCCUCUUCUACCGCGGCGACGUGAGUCCCACGGAAAUCAACAGGACCCUGUCCGCCAUAAAGAAGAAGCGGAGUAUGGACUUCGUGGAGUGGUGUCCUACGGGCUUCAAAAGCAGCCUCUCGGCUCAACCGCCGGCAGUCCUGCCUGGGGGCGAUUUGGCCAAGCUGCAGAGGGCUGUCUGUGUGGCGGCAAACACGACAGCCAUUCGAACUGCCUGGAUGAAACUCACUGCCAACUUUGAUCUCCUCUUCUCCAAGAGGGCAUUUCUGCACUGGUACCUUAAUGAGGGUCUUGAUUUUGAUGAGUUUGCAGACGCGAGGGAGAAUUUGGCUGCGCUGGAGGAGGACUAUCAGGAGGUGCAUAAUGAUAUCAAGGAAGACGUCGAGGAGACCAUUUACCUGUGA